AUGGAGGCCUUUGGGCCUUUCCUGGCUUUUAUUCGCCUGUGGAUCGAGGCGAUAGUUGUCAGGCCAUGUACGAUAACAAUCGUGGCGUUGACAUUCGCUAUAUACAUUCUACGUCCAUUUUAUCCUGAAUGUGAUCCACCAGAUGGUGUACCAGAAAUGCUCGCUGUUCUUCUGAUAGUGCUGAUGACUGCCAUCAAUUGCAUAUCAGUGCGUGUUGCAACGUUUGUGCAAGACUUCUUCACCAUUGCAAAAGUGUUGGCUCUAGUGUUAAUUAUUGGCACCGGAAUGGUGCUGCUGUUGACAGGCAAGCCAGAAUACCGUGAAUCAUUCGAUAACAUCUUCGAAAACACCUCAAAAGAUUUCUCUACCGUAUCCAUCGCGUUCUACUCAGGACUCUUCGCAUAUUCGGGAUGGAAUUUUUUGAACUUCAUCGUUGAAGAGUUGCAGAAUCCCAAA